AUGUAUGGGUGCUUCAAACAGCUUCAUCCUCCAACAGCGGUUUCUUUUUGUUUGAGUGCUCGUUUUACAUCGCCUACCGAUGAAAAUUUGAUCAUUGCAAAAAACCAUGUGAUGGAGGUAUAUUCUGUGAACAAGAAAGACAAAAGUGUUGUCCUUGUUCGUGCGUUUGAAUUGUUCGGAGUGAUUGAUUCCAUCGUUGCUGUAACCCUGCAAGGAAUGAAAAAGAACAUUCUGAUCAUCAACUUUGAAGAUGAAGCAAAGGCUUCCGUAGUGGAGUUUGAUGAAAAGAAGAAUGAUUUGAGAACAUUGUCGCUUCACUAUUUCGAAGAUGACUUUUUGAAGGAAGGUAGAGCCAAAUUUUUCCAUAAUCAGCCAAUUAUUUUGGACCCACACAAUCGAUUCGCAACAAUUAUUGUUUGUGAUUCCAAGUUAGUGAUUUUACCAUUCAAGCAAGCCGGAGAAGAUGCAUCUCUUUCAACAGAUGAUACUUUUCUAAUGGCGUUAUCCGAUAAAAGCACGGAUGAAAUGGUUGAUGAAUCUUCGGAAAACAGUGGGGCAAAUGCUCCUUCAACUAGGCGAACAGCUGAGGUACAAAGACAAGUAAUUAUUGACUUGAAUGAGUUAGGUAUUAGAAACGUCAAAGAUUACUGCUUUUUAAACGGAUAUAACGAACCUACUAUUUUGUUUUUACACGAGAAUGAACAGACGUGGAGUGGAAGGCUUGCCGCAAAAAGCAAUACAUCCACUGUAACUGCUGUAUCUUUUGAUUUAUUCAGAAAGUACUAUCCAAAAAUUUGGAGUGUUGAGUCUCUUCCUCACGAUUGUUACAAGUUGAUACCAUUAGAAGAGAGUGUAGGAGGAGGAGCAUUGGUGUUGGGAAUGAAUUUUCUAAUUCACAUCAAUCAAUGUGCUUCUUACGGCAUAUCUUUCAACGAUUUUGCCGUUUCAGUUCCUAGUUUAUCUAUUAACUUCAAACCAUUUGAUGGUCCUCCAUUAUUUUUUGAUACAGCAGCUUAUGCAUUUGUCUCACCUGAUAAGGUGUUGGUCUCCUUGAAAGAAGGAGAUUUAUAUACCAUUUACUUGGAUGGAGGAGGAAGUCGAAUUAAUAACAUCACUCUGAAAAAAACAAAAACGACUACUCCUGCCUCUUGCAUGUGUACUCUUUCUGGAAAUUUAUUAUUUUUAGGAUCGAGGCUUGGCGACUCCGUACUGUAUGAAUACUCAGAAAUUAAGGAACAAGAAAAUACAAAAACGAAUGGAUCCAUGGAAGACGAAGCUUCCAAUCUUUUUAAUACCUCUACCGGUUUUGAACCUGAGAAAAAGAAACGAAAGGUAACAAGUGCAGACGAUUUUUUAGCAGCUUUAGAACAAGAUGACUCCAGCGCCUCCAGUUUUUUACUCAAGUCGUCCAAGAAAGAAACAACAACGAUUGAUCUCAAAAUUAGGAACUUGUUCACAAGCAUUGGACCAAUUUCGCAUUUGACAAUUGCUGAUACAUCUGUUGACAUAUCUGGAUUUAAAUCCCGAGCUAACGACAACAACCUCUCAGUCAUUGCAUGUUCUGGAACUGGUAGACAUGGUCGCCUGACAAUUCUCAACAGGAGUGUACAACCGGACGCGCAAAAUACUGCAAAAUUACCUUUUGCUGUUAAGCAAAUGUGGACUGUCGCUGGUGGAGAUUCCAUUCACGAUUCAUAUGUCAUAUUGAGUCUUGAAGACAAAACAAAAGUUCUGGAAUCAAAAACUUCAUUGGAUGAAGUAACAUCUAAAUCAACAUUUGUUACAAAUGAUACUACUAUCAAUAUUGGAAAACUUAAGAAUCAUGUAGUGCAGGUUACAAGCGAUUCAGUAAUAUUUCUAGACAGAACUACCUUAAAAAGAACAAACGAACACAAGACCUCAUUGAAGAUUAGAGCGUCUUUCAUUUUGGAUCCUUACGUAUUACUUCAUUUGAAAGAUGGUACUCUCCAGUUACUCACUAUGAGUGGCACAUCUCUCAAAUCGGAACCUCUUAGAUUGUCUGAUCCAAAGCAUGGCAAAAUUACAGCUGUAACAUUUUACAAAGCAUUACCAGAACUUGGAUUUCUCUCUUCCAGUCAAGAAAGCUUAUACUUAUGUUGUAUUUAUUUAACCGAUGGUACCUUUGAAAUUUAUACGAUCCCUCAGAAAACUUGUGUUUUUUCCUUCUCUCAAUUUUAUCAAUUUCACAGUACUGUGUUUGAUGAAGGGGCAAGAGAUUCUUCGACAUUAACAGAGACAGAGGUAAAAUACCCAUAUGUUUCUCAAAUGUUGUUGCGAGGUGUUGGCUCAGAAUCAGAAAUGCCAUAUCUUAUAACCAUUCUAAGUGAUAACACAGUUCACAUUUACAAAACAUUUUUAGAUAGAUCAACAAAAACAAAAGACAACAGAUUGAAUAGAUUAAGAUUUUCAAAAACCCAACAUGAUGAUUUCCUCCCAUCAGACUUGGCUAAAAAGAAUGACGAGUUGAGACUCGAGCUUAGAAAUGAAAAGAAUAUUUUCCCAAAGGCAGAUAAUGCAAGAUCGCGACUAAUUCCGUUUAACAAUAUUGGCGGUUAUAGAGGUAUAUUUAUGACUGGCGAAAGACCGUUGUGGUUCUUUACGGAAUACUCUAACUUGAGAAUUCAUCCUCAACAAAACAGAGAGAGUAUUUCAGGUUUUACUCCAUAUCACCAUCGGGACUGCCCUCAUGGUUUUAUUUAUUUCGUGGAAAAUGACAACAAAUUUACAAUUCUUUCACUGAGCUCAAAAACAGUUUUCAAUUCAUAUUGGCCUCAUAGAAAGAUUUUAUUGAAGAGCACGCCCAAUUUGAUCACCUAUCAUCAAGAAACAAACACAUGCUUGGUGUUCACAUCUGUUCCUAUGAAAGCUAUUCUUCCAGAAGAUAGACCUCUUCCAGUAGGUAGAUAUCCACCAGCGGUAGAACAAAAACACACAGUCCGUUUAUUUUCUGGAAAUGAUUGGGCAGAAAUGGACAAGUAUGAUUUUGAGCUUCAUGAAUCUGUAUUAGCGGCUAAGGUUGUUUCGUUAUCUAAAGAGGAAUAUAACGAUGACACUGAUAUAUCAUUUGAGGAACCUUUGAACAGUAGAAAGCAAGAUUUAGUUACAAUGGUGGCUGUAGGAACAGCAUAUGUGCAAAGCGAAAGAGAGUUAUGUAGAGGAAGAUUGCUUUUAUUUGACUUGGAUCCAAUUCUAGGAUCAAAUAGAUUCAAAAUCAAUUUAAUGUCUUCUACAUCGGUGAAAGGACCUAUUACGAGAGUAGAACAGGUCGAUAGAUAUCUCAUUUGUAGUGUUGGUAAUCGUAUAUACACAUAUUACUUUGACUGGAAUGAGAAGAGAAUGCACAUCACCUCUUUUUAUGACACACAAUUCUACACAUGCUCAUUGAACUGUAUUAGGAAUUUUAUUUUAUAUGGAGAUAUUUAUAAGAGUGUGACGUUUUUACGUUGGAGAGAAAAAGGCCACCGUUUGAUUCCUAUGGCCAAAGACAAUAGACCUCUGCAAGUAAUUACAUCUGAGUUCUUGGUGAAUGAUCAAUUGCUUGGAAUGACAGUAAUCGACGCUAAUAAGAACUUGCAAGUAUUUCAAUAUUUACCACAACACCAAGAAAGUAACGAUGGUAGAAACUUGGUCCCUGUGUGCGAUUUCCAUGUUGGAACGCUUAUCACCACUGUUUCGAGAAUGAAAAUGAGAGACAUUCCAGAUGAAAUUACAAUCGCGAUUGGAAAUCCAGCAUCAACGACUACCGCCACAACAGAUAAGAAACAACCAACCACUCAAAAACGUGACAAUUCUAAAACGAAUCCACAUUUCCAAUUUAUUUUAUUUGGAAGCAUUGAUGGCAGUAUUGGAUACAUUGCUCCAAUUAACGAACUGACUCACAGAAGACUCUAUGCAUUGCAAUUAAAAAUGUACACCCAAUUAGAGCAUAGUGCAGGAUUGCAUCCAAAGGCUUUCCGCUUAUACAAACCUCUAGAACGAACAGAGUACAAUUACAAGAAGAAUAUUAUUGAUGGUCAGUUAAUUUGGAUGUAUGCUCACCUCAAUACCAUUUCACAACGAGAUUUGGCACGUCAAAUUGGUACUAAUGCUGAAAACAUUUUACGGAAUAUUCAAGAGCUCAAUCAAAGCACAUACUUCUUUUAG